AUGCCCGCCGUGCGCCCCGCGCUGCUCCGAGCCGUCCGCGCCGCGCUCCUGCUCCCCGUCCGUGCCGUCGCCGCCGCCGCGCCCCGCAGCAUGGACGGCGCCGGGUCCGAGGCCCUGCUGGCCCCGCUCCGGCUCGCCGUGCGCCAGCAGGGAGAUCUGGUACGGAAACUGAAAGAAGAUAAAGCGCCUCAGGUGGAUGUCGACCGGGCUGUUGCUGAGCUCAAAGCCAGGAAGAGGGUUCUGGAGGCGAAGGAGUUGGCAUUGCAGCCCAAAGAUGACAUUGUGGACAGAGCAAAAAUGGAAGACACUCUCAAGAGGAGAUUUUUCUAUGAUCAAGCCUUCGCUAUUUAUGGAGGUGUCAGUGGCCUUUAUGACUUCGGGCCUGUGGGAUGUGCCCUGAAGAACAAUAUUAUUCAGACGUGGCGGCAGCACUUUAUCCAGGAGGAGCAGAUCUUAGAGAUCGACUGUACCAUGCUCACGCCAGAGCCAGUACUAAAGACCUCUGGCCACGUAGACAAAUUUGCUGACUUCAUGGUCAAAGAUGUGAAGAAUGGAGAGUGUUUUCGUGCUGACCAUCUGUUGAAAGCUCAUUUGCAGAAGUUGAUGUCUGAUAAGAAGUGUUCAGCUGAGAAGAAAGCAGAGAUGGAAAGUGUCUUGACCCAGCUUGAUAACUAUGGGCAGCAAGAACUUGGGGAUCUUUUCGUGAACUAUAAUGUGAAGUCCCCCAUUACUGGAAAUGAACUCUCCCCUCCAGUAUCAUUUAACCUAAUGUUCAAGACCUUCAUUGGGCCUGGAGGAAAUAUGCCUGGGUACCUGAGGCCAGAAACUGCACAGGGGAUUUUCCUGAAUUUUAAACGGCUUUUGGAAUUCAACCAAGGAAAGUUGCCUUUUGCUGCAGCCCAGAUCGGAAACUCCUUUAGGAAUGAGAUUUCUCCUCGGUCUGGACUCAUCAGAGUCAGGGAAUUCACAAUGGCAGAAAUCGAGCACUUUGUAGAUCCCAAUGAGAAAGACCACCCCAAGUUCCAGAGCGUGGCCGACCUCCACCUCUUUUUGUAUUCCGCAAAAGCCCAGGUCAGCGGACAGUCUGCUCAGAAAAUGCGUUUAGGGGAUGCAGUGGAACAGGGUGUUAUCAAUAACUCAGUAUUAGGCUAUUUCAUUGGCCGCAUCUACCUCUACCUGGUGAAGGUCGGCGUAGCUCCAGAAAAGCUCCGCUUCCGACAGCACAUGGAGAAUGAGAUGGCCCAUUACGCUUGUGACUGCUGGGACGCCGAGUCCAAAACUUCCUACGGCUGGAUCGAGAUUGUCGGAUGUGCUGACCGUUCGUGUUUUGACCUAGCCUGCCAUGCACGAGCCACCAAAGUACCACUUGUAGCUGAGAAACCCCUGAAAGAACCCAUAUCGGUCAAUGUCGUCCAGUUUGAGCCCAAUAAGGGUGCAGUUGGGAAGGCUUAUAAGAAGGACGCCAAGCUGGUGAUGGAAUACCUGGCCACGUGUGAGGAGUGUUACAUCACAGAAAUGGAGACGCUUCUGGAUGAGAAAGGUGAAUUCACCAUUGAAACUGAAGGGAAAACAUUUCAGUUAACCAAAGACAUGGUCAGUGUGAAGAGAUUCUCCAAAACAUUACAUGUGGAGGAAGUGGUUCCGAAUGUCAUUGAGCCAUCCUUUGGCCUGGGCCGGAUCAUGUACACCGUGUUUGAACAUACAUUCCAUAUUCGAGAAGGAGAUGAACAGAGAACGUUCUUCAGCUUCCCUGCCGUGGUAGCUCCAUUCAAAUGCUCCGUCCUCCCACUGAGCCAGAACCAGGAGUUCGUGCCCUUCGUCAGGGAACUGUCGGAUGCCCUGACCAGGAACGGCGUCUCUCACAAGGUCGAUGACUCCUCUGGGUCCAUUGGAAGGCGCUAUGCCAGGACAGAUGAGAUUGGCGUGGCUUUUGGCAUCACCAUCGACUUCGAUACCGUGAACAAGACCCCACACACAGCCACUCUGCGUGACAGGGACUCCAUGCGGCAGAUCCGUGCCGAGGUCUCCCAACUACCAGGCAUAGUCCGAGACUUAGCCAACGGCUGCAUCACCUGGGCCGACGUGGAGGCCAGAUACCCUCUCUUUGAAGGGCAAGAGACUGGGAAAAAAGAGACUGCUGAGGAGUGAAGACUGUUCGAACUGUUGCACUAAGAAAUACAUUACUCGCCGCAUUCACCUCACGCCAGACAGCGUGGCAGCCACCUCAGGCACUGUCUUCCUCAGUGGCAGGCCAGUUGCACCUCACCAUUAAAGUUGAAGGAAUUCGUGA